AUGGACGUGGACGGCGACGGCGACCUGGACUUCGUGCUGUCGGGGGACCCGGACAGGGGGUCGCACGUGCAGUGGGUGGAGAACAAGGGUGGGGAUGCAUUCGAGGCCAGGGUGCUGGACGACAGCGUGGAGGGGCUGCCGGAUGCUUCGAAGCGAGGCAGGCGCGCAGCCACGCUGGCCGCCGACUUCAACAACGACGGCCGCGUGGACAUCUACAUGUCCGCCUGCAUCAACUUCCUGGGCGAGGCGCACCCCACCAACUGCUCCUACGGCAUCUUCUACGAGAACCUGGGGGCCGGGCGCUACCGGGCGGUGCAGGACCACGGACUGGACCCGCCGCUGAUGGAGUUCGCGGCUGCGGCAGGGGACGUCAACGGCGACGGCUUGCUGGACUUGUUCGUUUCGGAGGGCCUGCCCUUCGGGAACAACAUUGAGCUGGUGGGCGUGUACAAGAGCAAGCUGUACAUCAACAAGGGCGACUUCAAAUUCGAGGACAGCGGCCUCAACGUGGACAACCCCUCCACAUGCAUCUCCACCUUCGUGGACUACGACAACGACGGCGACCUGGACAUUGUCACGGGCUCCUGCUUCCUGCUCAACCUCACCCUCUCCUCCGCCGGCCCCCCCGCCGUGCAAAACAUCCCCGGGCCCGUCAAGCUCCUCAAAAACAUGCAUAAAGAGUUCGAGGCCAUGUUCGGCGCUCCCAGGCUGCAGUUCGAGGACGUCACGGACCUCGUGUUCGGACCCCUGGAUCGAGGCCUGUGGUUCGGGGUGUCCAUGGCGGACUUGAACGGAGACGGGAGAGUGGAUUUCUACUUCGGCAACACGGGAGACAAGCGGCUGAACCAAGCGCAUCUCUUGCUGCUGAGUCAGCCUGGGGGGACGUAUCGGAACGAGACUGUCGGCAGCGGGGUGGGCUUCCACGAGUUCAACUGGGGCUCCGAUUUCAUGGACCUGAACAACGACGGCAACGUGGACCUGGUGACGGUGGGGGCGCUGUCCGACAACCCCAACUGGCUGCCCAUCCGCAACCCCGGCUCCACGUUCAUGAACAUGGGCGGCGGCGGGUUCGAGAUGCUGGGAGACCUGGGACUGAGGGACCACUUCUGCAGCGGCCUGGCCACGGCGGACUACAACGAGGACGGCAGCCAGGACGCCAUGGUGCUGUGCUCCACAGCCACCACCCCCAUCUCCACGGGCGUCUUCACGGGCCGCGGGCGCCUCUUCCUCUUCAAGGGCACGGCCGCCAUGGACCGCCAUGUGGGCUUUGCCCUCUCGGGUGUGGCCUCCAACUCCCAGGGCAUCGGCGCCAACGUCCGGCUGUGCGCCGUGGACGCCGCGGGCGGCGGCCAGGCGCCCGGGAGGUGCCAGCUGCGGGUGGUGACGGCGGGCUGCAGCUACGCCAGCACGCACUCGCCCGUGGCUCACUUUGGCGUGCCGGAAGGCGCCUCCGUGCUUCAGGUGGGAUAA